AGUUUUGGUAUUGGCAUUAUUUGUAUACUGUAAAGAAUCUAUCUUAGCAAAGCCUAUGGCUGAUGUUGAGACGGUACARGAUGUGUUUAAUGAAGAAUUUGAAGAUAAUGCUGAACAACAAGGAUUGCUUAAAGAUCAAGAACUCAUGGACAUUGCAAACAGAGAAUACGAAACGAUUCAUGGCAGGAUCUUAGCCAUUAACAUGGCUACUUUAGGAAAGAGACGACUACAGUCAAGCCCCAGAACAGGAAAUGCUUUUGAAAAUAUAGAAAAUGUAAACGACGGUAAGCAUCUCAAUCUGUAUGAGGGUGAUAUCCAAAUGGAUGAGGACCUKGAGAGAUAUCUUCAUAUGCCUGUCAGAUCCAUGACCAAGAGAAACGCAAUAAGAGAGAAAAAGAGAAUUUGGUCCACAAAAAUCAUUCCAUAUAAAAUACCUGGGUUUAUGUCACACAUAAGACAGAACCUUAUGAARGCCAUUGCAGGGUUCCAAAAGCACACUUGUCUUCGAUUUGUCCCGUAUCGACCCGGUGUGCACAGGAAUUACAUUACUUUCAACAAGGCACAUGGGUGUUCUUCUAAAGUUGGAACAAGGUAUUAUAGCCCAGGACCCCAAGCGAUUUCCUUGGGAGAUGGAUGUAACAAUCCCAGUACGAUAACACACGAGUUGAUGCACGCUAUAGGAUUCUUUCACGAGCAGUCUCGCUCAGACCGGGAUAGGUACGUCAGAAUUAAUUGGGAAAACAUCUUCAAAGGUACAGAACUGCGACGAUUUUAUUAG